AUGCUUUUCUUUUUAGCCUUUUUAUACGUAAUGCUGGUUUUCGGACCGGUAUGCGGAUUUUUGUUGGGCGGUUUGAUGCUGUCGGAAUUUGUUAAUCCAUCUACCACGCCUACAGAUCUUACGUCUGAUUCUUCUGCGUGGAUUGGUUUAUGGUGGGGCGGCUUUAUAAUCUGUGGUUUUCUGUACCUGUUAUCUGCAUUGCCUUUUUUUUGUUUUCCUCGACGUUUGUCUACAGCUAGUACUUGCGCUUCAGACUCGGAUUACGGUAAAGACAUUCGAAGUAAGUACAUUUUUGAACCGCCGUAUCUUGUACUCUUUCGUUUUGAACGAGAUAUUCGACAAAUCCCAGUAUCCAUCGUUCAUCUGUUGAGCAACGGCGUUUACAUCGCUACGACGUUAGCCGCAUGCAUGGACCUCGGCAUCGUCAGUGGCGUGACAGUAUUUUUGCCCAAAUACCUCGAGACGCAGUUUCGUCUAUCGAAGUCGGAUGCAAGCAUUUUUACAGGUAGCGUUGCGAUUCCGGGUGCCUGCGUCGGUACGUUCAUUGGCGGUUGGGUGUUGAAGAAGUACAGAUUGAGCGUGAACAGUAUCGCCAAGUAUAUUAUCACCGUGAACACGGUGGCGAUAAUUCUUCUCGGCAUAUUCUUCUUCAUCGGAUGUGACAAUCCGGAUGUAGCCGGCGUCGUUGUCCCCUAUGCCAGUAUCAUGUACGAAGGCCAUGGCCAGAACUUUCGUCGGAAUCGUCAGUAUAACUUGACGGAUACGUGCAACAUCGACUGCCGAUGUUCGCUGAAGGAAAUUCAUCUGGUGUGUGGGACGGACCGCGUGACGUACCUUUCGCCAUGCUUCGCUGGUUGCAGAAGCUACAAGGAAUCAGCGGGCGGUGCCAUGCGUUCCAGCAUCGUCGGUGACGUGACGUUGUUGAACCGGAACUACUCGGACUGCGAUUGCAUUCGUCCGUAUUCCAUUGGUCAGUCUGACAACUUUGAGCCAUACGCCACCGACGGCCCGUGUGAUUCCGGUUGCCGAAUGUUGAUUCCAUUCCUGGUAUUUUUGUUUGUGCUGACGUUAGCCGCGUCUAACAGCCAGAUGCCACUACUGAUGAUUACGCUAAGGGCAGUCAAGGAGGAGGAAAAGGCGUUCGCACUGGGUAUUCAGACGCUGCUCUACCGAAUACUGAGUUACAUACCGGCACCAAUCCUUUAUGGAGCGAUGAUCGACACAACGUGUCUCGUUUGGGACAGCUACUGCGGCAUAAGCGGCGAGGCUUGUCUCCUGUACGACAUCAAGUCGUUUCGACACAGUGUGGCGGUGGUUGCCGUUGUGCAAAAGAUCAUUGGCUUUCUGUUCAGUCUACUGCUGUAUUGGUGCAUUAAACGGCGCUACACUCCGUUUUCGGCACCGGUCACCGUUUCUGAAAUAGCGCAUCACCUGGUCGAUAUCGAAAGUUUGAACGUACAACGUUGUGAUACGGUUACUAGUCUUCGAAGCUGGGUAUCGGAUGACAGCCUUUACAGCCGACCGCGAUCGCCGCGUCAUCAAAAGACUUUGUCUUAUUGA